AUGUUUUGGCUCGUCAUCCGCCGCUCCGGCUUCGGCACGACGUACACUCGCUGCAACUACCUCGUCAUGUGGGGCGAGUACAAGCAGCUGCUCGAACCCGGCACGUUCCCCACCAACGGCUACCUGCCGCCGCACCUGCGCCUCGACCAGCGCUCAUACCUCGACCUCGCCGACACGGAGAUUGCGCUGCCGCCUCUCAUCGACGCGAGCAUCGCCGAGCGUGAUCAGGUGCGCAACUUGGAGUCCGCCCUGCCGUCCUCGCAGCGCACGGACCUGCACGUGCAGUUCGGCCCGUUGCGGACGCAGACGAUUGUGAUGACGAGCGGCUCGAGCGAGCGGUACGUGCGGCGGCGCCUCGGGCUCUCCCCGAAGGACCGCAGCCGACUGCAGGAGGAGGAGGAAGAGGAGCAGGCAAGGGGCGGGGUGAGGUGA